AGCCAUUGGGUGAAUAUGGACAUCCUGGUCAGAGCUCUACACAGCAAAGGACACUCCAUCACUGUGCUGCGAAACACCAAGAGCUGGUACAUCAAAGAGGACUCGUCCUACUAUGACUCCAUCACAGUGCCCAUAGUGCAAUGGCGUGACAAAGAAUUUGCCAAAGAAAUCAUCUCGAAAAUAUUUACCAUUGAGCAAGAAGGCGAUUCCAUAUUGAAUUUCAUUUCCAUGCAGCUGCUGGUCUUCUCUGCCACGAGAAACAUGCAUGCAGUCACAUGUCAGGUGUUGUCCACAAUGCUUGAGGACAGAGCUUUAAUGCAACGGCUGAACGAGAGCCAGUUUGACUUGGUUCUGGCCGACCCUGGGUAUGGUGAUGGCAUUAUACUGGCUCACUACCUUAAAGUUCCCCUCGUGUACAACGCCCGAUUUGUCCUCAGUGAGGAUGGACACUUCAUUCUUGCUCCUUCACCAGUGUCCUACAUACCAACCAUGAGCUCAGGUCUGUCUGACAAAAUGACCUUCUUGGAAAGAGUGAAAAACGUGCUAUUUUACCUAAAAGCGCAAUUUCAAAGAAGGUUCAUAGUUCGACCUGUGUAUCAGGCAGUUUGUGAUAAAUACUUUGAAGACAAAGUAGAUAUGAAUGAACUCGUGCAGGCUGCAGACAUCUGGCUGAUGAGAGUGGACUUUGUGUUUGAGUUCCCCCGCCCCACCAUGCCCAAUGUGGUCUAUAUGGGUGGCUUCCAGUGCAAGCCAGCACAGCCUCUCCCUCAAGACCUGCACGACUUUGUGCAGAGCUCUGGAGAACAUGGAGUCAUCCUCAUGUCUUUGGGGACAUAUGUAAGUGACCUUCCCCGUGACUUUGCGGACAGCAUUGCGUCUGCGUUUGCAGAGUUACCCCAGAAGGUGAUCUGGAGGCAUAUUGGGGAGAGACCCUCUACCCUGGGCAACAACACCCUCCUGGUCAAGUGGAUACCCCAGAACGACCUACUAGGAAACCCCCAGAUCCGGGCAUUUGUGGCCCACGGAGGAGGAAACGGGGUCCAAGAGGCGAUCUACCACGGGGUGCCAGUGCUAGGCAUCCCUCUGUUCUUCGACCAGCACGACAACCUUCUUCGACUGGAGGAGAAAGGAGGUGCAAAGGUACUACCUAUCGCCUCCGUGAACAAGGCCAACGUUCUCCGAGCGCUGCAGGAGGUGCUCCACGUGUCCUCCUACAGGCAGAGCAUGCAGAGGCUCUCCCACCUGCACAGAGACCAGCCUGUGGAGCCCCUGGACCGAGCCCUCUUCUGGAUCCAGUUUGUCAUGAGACACAAAGGCGCUGCUCACCUGCGCACAGAGUCCUACAAGAUGCCCUGGUACUCCUACCACUCCCUGGACGUGACGCUGUUCUUGCUUGUUGUUUUGUUCCUGAUGUUGUUCAUCGUCUUUGCCCUUGUAAGGUGCGCGUUAUUACGUCUGUGUGGCAGGAGUAAAAGUAAAAAGGAUUAA